UUUUUUUUUUCUUUUUUUGUUGUCUACAUCUAUUUCUUAACAUUAAAAUGAGUGAUACGGAAGACGCGUUCACCUUUUCAAGUAGCGAGGAUGGUAACUCUGGCAAUGAGUCGGAAGAGUUUACUUUAGAUUAUGAGCCUAGUGUAAAGAAACGCAAGACGACAGCCUCUACCUCCAAAACUGUCAAGAAAGCACCUGCUAAGAAAGCUGCUGCAGAAAAAAAGACACCUGCUCCUAAAAAGACACCUGCCCCUAAAAAGACACCUGCUCCCAAAAAGGCAGCCGCACCUAAAAAAACAACAACAGCUGCUGCUGCUGCUGCUGCUCCUAGUGGUAAUAUCAGCUCGUUCUUUCAAAAGACAUCUAUUGACACGUCCAAAGCCUCUUCAUCCACUGAUGCUUUAGAUUCACCUACUUCACCUAAACCCAAGGCGAUUAAAAAGACAGUAACUAAGAAAAAGGACGAAGACACAGAGAUGACCGAAGCAUCCCCACCUAAAAAGAAGGCCAAGGAUUACAGCGAAGAAAACAAAACAGUAGAAGAAAUUUAUCAAAAGAAGACUCAACUUGAACACAUCUUGCUUCGUCCUGAUACUUAUAUUGGCUCAAUUGAAGCAGAGGAACAAGAAAUGUGGAUCUUUGAUUCUGAAGAUGAGACAAUUAAAAAGAAGAAGAUCAAGUAUGUGCCUGGAUUGUACAAGAUUGUUGAUGAAAUUUUGGUGAAUGCUGCCGAUAACAAGAUUCGUGAUCCUAGUAUGGAUACGAUUAAGGUAGUGAUUGAUCGUGCGGAAAACUUUAUCUCCAUUCAGAAUAACGGUCGUGGUAUUCCUAUUACUGAGCACAAGGAGGAGAAAUGCUAUGUUCCUGAACUUAUCUUUGGUCAUCUCUUGACAUCAUCCAACUACAAUGAUAAUGAAAAAAAAGUAACGGGUGGUCGUAACGGUUAUGGUGCUAAACUUUGUAACAUCUUUAGUACCGAAUUUACGGUCGAGACAGGAGAUAAAGAACGUCAACUUAAAUACAAGCAAGUGUUUAAGAACAACAUGAGUGUUACGGGUAAACCCAAGAUCACUUCUAAUGCUGCUGGUACUCAAUUCACGCGUAUCUCAUUUAAACCCGAUCUUGCUAAAUUUGGUAUGGAGGAGAUGGAUGCUGAUUUUGAAGCAUUGAUCAAGAAGCGUGUGUAUGAUAUGGCAGGUGUCGUGGAAGGUGUCGGUGUAUAUUUAAACGGUACCAAGGUUCCAGUCAAGGGCUUUAACAAGUACUGUGAGUUGUACACCAAAACUUUGGAAAUUAGAAAUGCUGAAGGCAAGAAGCCCAUCAUCAAUGAUCCUGAAAAUAAUCCUCGUUGGGAAGUCAAUUUCGCUGUUAGUGAUGGACAAUUUAAUCAGAUCAGUUUUGUCAAUAGUAUUUGUACUGCUAAAGGUGGCACCCACGUUAAUUAUAUUGCCGACCAAAUCGUCAAGGCGCUUUUACCUGAAGUUCAACGUAAGACCAAUAACAAGACAGUUAAGCCUUUCCAGAUCAAGAAUCAUAUGACUAUUUUCGUUAAUUGUUUGAUUGAAAAUCCUGCAUUUGAUUCCCAAACAAAGGAAAACAUGACAUUGCGUGCUAGUAGUUUCGGCUCUACUUACAAGGUCAGCGACAAGUUUUUAGGCUUGAUUGCCAAGUCGGGUAUCAUUGAUAAUAUCGUACGUUGGGUCAAGUUUAAGGAAGAUGAACAAAUGUCUAAGGCUGAUACGGGUAAAAUGGCACGUCGUCUCAAGAUUCCCAAGCUCGAAGAUGCUAACCUUGCUGGUGUCAAGCCUCAUAACAAGAAAUGUACCUUGAUUUUGACAGAGGGAGAUUCCGCUAAAGCCCUUGUCUUGAGUGGUCUUUCUGUGGUCGGAAGAGAUCAUUUCGGUGUUUUCCCACUUCGUGGUAAAGUGCUGAAUGUCCGUGAUGCUACCAAUACGCAAAUCAUGAACAAUGCUGAAAUUACCAACAUCAAGGCCAUUCUUGGUUUGAAGCACGGUAAAACUUACACGAAUUCCGACGAGCUUCGAUACGGUAAACUCAUGUUGAUGACUGAUCAGGAUCAUGAUGGUUCCCAUAUCAAGGGUCUCUUGAUCAAUUUUAUCGAUAGUAUGUUUCCUUCUUUAUUGGAUAUUCCUGGUUUCCUCUUAGAAUUUAUUACACCCAUUAUCCGUUGUCGUCAUAAACGAAACAAGAAAGAGGUUUCCUUUUUCACCAUCCCCGAGUACGAGACAUGGGCCGAGAUCAAUAACAAGAAUAGUGAAUGGGAACCCAAGUAUUUCAAGGGUUUGGGUACUUCAGAUAAAGCCGAUGCACGCAAGUAUUUCAGUGAUUUAGCUACUCAUAAAAAGGAAUUCGAAGUCGCUUCCACUGAAGAACGUCAAUUGGUGGAUAUGGCCUUUAACAAGAAGAGAGCUGCUGAUCGUAAAGAAUGGUUGGCUUCAUAUGAACCAGGAAUUUUUAUUGAUCAUAAUGUUGAGAAGAUUAAGAUUACGGAUUUCGUAAAUCGUGAAUUGAUGCUUUUCAGUAUGGCCGAUAAUAUCAGAUCGAUUCCUUGUGUUGUAGAUGGUUUCAAACCGGGUCAGCGUAAGGUGUUCUUUGGUACCCAUAUACGUGAAAAGACUUCGGAAAUUAAGGUGGCUCAGUUAGCAAAUUAUGUGGCUGGAAAAACCCAAUACCAUCACGGUGAAGCCAGUAUUGCCUCCAUUGUGAUUAAUAUGGCCCAAGAUUAUGUGGGUAGUAACAAUAUCAAUCUGUUGGUUCCCUGUGGUCAGUUCGGUACCCGACAUGAUGGUGGUAAAUCUGCUGCUAGUCCUCGUUACCUUUUCACGAAAUUAGCUAAAAUUGCGCGUACCAUCUAUCAUCCUGAUGAUGACCCAAUCUUGGAUUACUUGAUUGAAGAGAAUAAGCCAAUUGAACCUGCUUGGUAUAUCCCAAUUAUUCCUAUGGUGCUUGUGAAUGGUGCAGAUGGUAUUGGUACUGGUUGGAGUACAACCAUUCCUAAUUACAGUCCCCGUGUGCUAGCUGAGAACUUGAAACGUUUGAUGAAUGAUGAGGAAGUUCUCAAAAUGUCACCUUGGUUCCGUGGUUUCAAGGGUACUAUCUCACCUGCAGCAGAAGCAGGUAAAUAUAUCUCGAGUGGUGUAGCUGAGGUCAAUAGCGAUGGUCAUAUCAAGAUCACCGAAUUACCUGUACGUCUUUGGACUGACUCAUUCAAGGAAAACUUGGAAAAUAUGCGUGAACCAAAGGAUAAGAAGCCUGAGAUCAAUGUAUUGGACUUCACCAACAAUUCAACGGAUAUGGCAGUCGAGUUUACAGUGGAAGUAGAUGAAACCAAUUUGGCUAAAGCGGAGGAUAUUGGAUUAUUAAAGGCACUCAAGAUGACGUCGAAUAUCAAUACAACGAACAUCGUGUGUUUCGAUAAGGAUGGCAAGAUUCGCAAAUACGAAAGUCCCGAAGAGAUCUUGAAGGAGUUUUAUGUGCUUCGACUGGAGUAUUAUGUCAAGCGUAAAGAGCACUUAAUUUCUAAGUUAGAAUAUGAGUACACACGUUUGGACAAUAUGGCUAAGUUUAUCGAUUUGGUUAUUACCAAAAAAUUGGUGUAUAUUAACCGUAAGGAAGAGCUUGUGGUGGCCGACAUGAAGAAGAAUGGGUUAAAGCAAAUCUAUUCUCCCAAGAAGAAGAGUGCUUUGAUCGUUAACGAUGAUGAUGAAGAAGAACCAGAGAAGGAGGAGGGAGAUGGAUACAACUACCUGCUCACUCUCAAUGUACGUCAAUUUACCGAACAAAAGGUUAAAGAUUUAAUCAGUAGAAAAGAGAAAAAGUAUGAAGAGUUGCAAGAAAUCCGAGGUACACCUCCCAAGACUUUCUGGCGUCGUGAUUUGGAUGCCAUGUUGGUGCAGUGGGAUGCCAUGUUGAAGGAAGAUGAUAUUCUUAGUGCACAAGCUCAACCCUUGGCUUCGUCUAACAAAGGUAAAAAGAGAAAGAGAGUUGUUAAGCCAAAAGCCAAGGCAGAAGAUGAUGAUGAUGAUUUUGCCAUGUAAAUGCAAAAGAAAUAAAAGAAGAAACAAUGGAUGUAACCUUUGCGGGUCUAAUUGAAUAAACUAUUAUAAAAUUC